AUGACCCAGCCGGAGUCUCCGGCGCAGGCGCAGAUUGAGCAACUCUUCACCGUGUUUGACGGCUCUUCUCCGGCUGAUGUGUCUCACGCCCGGCGGCUCUGGAGCUCCUUGUCCCUGCUGCCGCCGCAGGAGUCCCGCCUGGUGUCUGCAGACCUCCGCCAGCGGCUUCCCGUGUCCCGGCCACAACCCAGCAGCACCGGACCCAAACCCUCCGUCCCCCUCCUCCUCCCGCAGCCGCCGAGCAUCGCCUCUGUCCGGCAGAGAGAGGAGGAGAGGCAGCGGUACCGGUCCAUGGCCGACCAGAGGAGGGAGAUCCUGGCUCUGCUGAGGAGGCAGAGGGAGCAGAGGAUCCACAAGGAGAUGCUCUCUGUGGCUGUUAAACCUAAAGGGAAGAUGAGCAGAGGCGUGAAACCAACUAAAGCUCCGGAGAGUAAUGAGAUGGACAAAGAGCUGGUCAGACAGCUGCACUGA